AAUGGGAAGGAGGGGCGGGGCGAUCUCCCCCUGAGUCGUUCCGAUUGGCUCCCCAUUCGAGGUCGGCCCGCCAUUGGCGGGAGGCGGUGAGAGGGGCCGGAAUGUAGGACAGCUGCGGGCUGCGCGAGGCCUGCCCGGGGUACAAGGCUGAGAUGAGAGGAGAGCGCCCGGUUUGAUGUAAUCUCGACAAGGAUUUUGGUCAAGGAAGAUGGUGCUGGACUCGGGGACACAGUCAUAUGAGCGGCAUCGCAAUGUCCUGAGCGCCAGCCCCCAGCGCGAGAGGGGCGGGAAAAAGUUCUCUGAACAUAAUGGGCUGCGACUCUAUUCCUACCUCUCCCCUUCACCAUCUCCAGAUUCAGACCCUGCCCACCUGGGCCAAAGGCUCAAAACGCCUACCAAGCUCAAGUGCUCCAAGGUCUCAAAAGCAAGGCCCGAGGUCAGGCGGCUGUCGGAAAUCUGCCCUGCUUUCCCGAGCCCCUGCAGCUGGAUGCGCCGUAGCGAGAGCACCUGCACUGUGAAUAGUAGUGGCCGGGCACGUGCACAGAUCCGCAGUGCAGCUUCCCUGCCUCAUAUUGCCAGGCCAAAGGCUGAGGAGAUCAACGUCAGCAGGAGGAGUCCUUGCCUGCUGGUGGCCCUUAGGCCCUUGAAUGUUGACGAGGAGAGAGAGAAGUUCUUCCAGUCUCGUUAUACUUACAACCCACAGUUUGAGUAUGAGGAGCCUGUCCCCACGGCUGUGUUGGAGAAAUACAGAGAUGCAUCAGACCAGUUCAUUACACAGGCAACUGGGAUCAUUCAUGCCGUCCUGGAGAAGUACGGCUCUUAUGAGAGCUUUGAAGUGGCCACUGGUGGAAGACUGCUGAGCAAGUGCCAGAUCUGGUCUAUUAUCCGGAAGUACAUGCAGAAGGAGGGCUGUGUGGGAGAGGUGGUCGUUCAUCUGACUGAGGAUCUGCUGUCCCAAGCCGUGAUGAUGGUGGAGAACAGCCGGCCCACCCUGGCGAUUAACCUGGCCGGAGCCCGGCAAUACUGGCUGGAGGGCAUGCUGCGCCAUGAAAUAGGCACUCACUACAUCCGUGGGGUGAAUAAUGCCCGCCAGCCUUGGCACAGCAUGGAGGGCCGUAAGCGGUACGGCCUGAAGCCUGCUAACCCCACAGAAGAAGGCCUGGCUAGUCUGCACAGUGUCCUCUUCCGUAAGCAGCCCUUUCUGUGGCGGGCAGCACUGCUGUACUACACCGUCCACCAGGCCAGUCACAUGUCCUUCAGUGCGCUCUUCCAGCACUUGGAGCAGUACGUCCAAGACGCCCGGGUCCGGUGGGACUACUGCGUGCGGGCAAAACGAGGCCAGACUGACACCUCACAGCCAGGCUGUUUCAGUAAGGAUCAAGUGUAUCUGGAUGGAAUUCUCCGGAUCCUGAGGCAUCGGCAGACUAUUGACUUCCGGUUGCUGGCAGCACUGGGCAAGGUCUCCUACGAAGAUGUGAAUCAGCUGAAGAAAUUUGGGGUUCUGGAGAAGGCGCGAAUCCCCCAUUUCAUGCAGGACAUGGAACGGUACAGGCAGCAGCUGGACCAUAUCAUCGCCACCAACAGACUGAACAAGGAGGAGCUUGAGCAGUUGCUGCCGGACUGACCAGGUCUGCGAGGUCCUGCCCUGCCUGCCCCAUGGCAGAGUCCCAUUUCCCAGGCCACACGGCCUUGUGGACGGGAAGCCUUUGGCACAAAAGGGAGUUGUCUUGUGUGCGUGUCUGACUGCAGCCGUCCCAAGCAUUUAGGGUGCCCAGGGGCCUGCGUAUUUAUGAUUCAUUUUGUGACUGGUCGGCAGGUCAGUCCUCACCUGGAGGAGGCAGGCUGCCAUUUCAGGGCUUCCUCCCAUCCAUUCCGCAUCGGGUCCUGCAAAGGGAGAGCCGGUUGGGUGGAUUCCUGCAGCAGGACAUGGCUUAGCAGGAUGGAAUGCAGCGGUGGGGGGGGGGAGGGGACGAUGGCUAAGAUGCAUGCAAUGCCACGGGAGGGAACUAGCACCAGAGGUGCUUUGGGGGUUGUGUUUUUUAAAUGCUGUUGCAGGGGGAGGGAAGGAUGAUGGAAGAUAGUUAAACAGCCCAAAUCCAAGAUGGAGAAGAGAAAUGUUGCUCUAGGAAUCACUGAGAGGACUGUGAAGUCUGCAGAUCAUAGAUUAAAACCCUCGGAGGGAGCGGUGGCUUGGUCAGGGAGGGUGGAAGGGCGUGAGGUGUUGGAGGAGCAGAGCUGGACGAGAGGAUGAAGGAGCACCAGGUCUGUUCUAGUCUAGAUUGGUUCUUAUACUGUGCUCAUCACUGUAGUACCUGGGGAGAGGGGAAGCCAGACAGCUCGGAGUGACUUCUCUAGUUGGUGAGAGGGAACUGGAUAUUAUUAAAGAAAUCCAAUUUGGGCUGCAUGCCAUGAAAAGCUAUUGACAGCGCGAUAUUUCCUCAUCAGCAGGCGCUCUGGUCAGCACAGUCUGCACCAGAACUCAAUCAACUGCUUAUUUGCUUCCCACUCUUGGUCUAGACAUUGCCUGUAAAAAUGCCUUUGCCCUUAACCAUUCCUCAGCUGUAAGGAGGAUUUUAAUUCCCACAAUAAAGAUUUUUUCCCACUCGUG